AUGCAAAUAAAUUUAUUGCGUUAUGUAACGACUACAGACGUUCGUAGAAGGAGUUCAAUGAACAACGACGUUGAAGCAGAUAAGCGACGCGAGGAAAGGUCCCAAAGAAGUUUAAUCGCCGAACGAGAAAAAAAAGAACAUAAAAACAUGGUUAAAUUAAUUUUCUGUAAAAAACAACAUAAACAAUGUUGUGAUUCAUUGACUAGACAUGAGAAUGUUGUUUCUCUGUUUUCUGGGGAUCGCUUAAAGUGCAAAGAAAACAAUGUCAUAACGUUGGAGUUGUCUGAUGUUUGGGUUUUUGUUGAUUGUUCAGCCAUGUUCAGCGUUAUGGUAACCCUUGGAGAUAGAACAUUACCAAGCAAUAUCGUUGACAACAUGAAAAGCCAUUAA